UGGGAAACAAGCCUUCUAUUAAAUAGGUAGAAGGAAAUCUUUUCUGCGGUUUGUCCUUUACCAUGUGUUCUUGCUUGCUUCUGAAACAGAUCCUGCUCAUGAUAUUAACAGGUUGCUUCACAUCAUAUGCUGAAACUGUCAUACAAGGAAAAGUGGGUGAAAACGUCACUCUACCCUGUCAUUAUUCAGUUAAGAACAAUGAAUUCACAGAUACUUGUUGGGGACGAAGUUGCCCUAUACUGGGUAGUUGUCCCGAUAAAAUAAUUAGCAUUAAUAAAAAUCUGAAGAUAGAUGGGCAACUCCAAAGAUACCAUCUAAUGGGAAAUGUCAGUCAAGGAGAUGUAUCUCUGACCAUUGUUAACAUAACAGAAGACGAUGUAGGGACAUAUUGUUGUCGAUUGGAAUAUCAAGGCUGGUUCAAUGAUGGGAAAAUGCUUUUCAAAUUACUGAUCAAGGAAGCAUCGCUUCAUACAACACCUAUAUAUUUUAGUACGUCUAAUUUUGUUUCUGAACCAAAAUCGGUAUUUAUUACUGAAUCUCCACCCAAUAAUAUUUCAUAUAUGUCUAUAAUGGUAAAGAAGCAAGUGAAGAAUUCAUCUUAUCGGAUAGGCCUAUACUUUGGAAUUGGAACAUGUGUAAUUCUAUUCGUCAUUAUAAUCCUGCUAAUUAUAAAGUGGUAUCUACAGAAGAAGCAGAAGACAAAUAAUUCUACAAGUCAGGUGGCAUUUACAAAUUCAGCAGCUCGAGGGAUUCAGCAUGUUGUCAGCGCUGAUGUCCAUGCGCCAGAAAAUAUUUAUCAGUGCAGUUGAAGAGUCAUGUUAGCAGACUCAUGUCGAAGAAGGCACUCUAUUUGGAGCAGCAUAUUUAGUGAACAGAUCUUGUAAUAGAUGUAUAUAGAUUCAAGCUUUUGUUUAUAUUAAUGAAAUCAAAUUAAUGUAUGUAGUAUGAGACAAGAAAAUCUGUUUUACAAUCUUGAAGUGGAAACAUUGUACCUUGUUUAGCUUCCUUCCCUAU